UGCGAUCCAUGAAGAUGGCGUGGUUGGCAAGCCUGCUGCUGACUUUACCAAGCCUGUCUCUUGUACAUGGUUUCCCAACCGCAGAGAGUUUUGCACGCCUGGCCCCAUCGGAAACAGACAUCCAUAAGGCUCUUGUCCAUUUGCGUGAAAAGAGACAGUUGGCGAAUUUCAGUGGUCAGCCAAUUGAUGUGACCGGGCAGCAUGAAUUCAUCCCUCCAAACUUUGAUGCAGGAGACCAGAGGGGGCCAUGUCCGGGUCUUAAUGCUCUCGCAAACCAUGGAUAUCUGCCAAGAGACGGAGUCGCGGGUUUUUUUGAGACGAUUGCUGCUGUGAAUCAAGUGUUUGGUAUGGGAAUCGACUUGGGAACGGUUAUAGCGGCAAUGGGCACCGUAUGGACGGGAAAUCCAUUGUCUUUGGAUCCGGGUUUCUCCAUCGGAGGCGAGUCUGACAAAGUUCAAAACCUCCUGGGAUUCGAUCUUCUUGGAACGCCUCGUGGACUUAAUGGGUCUCAUAAUUUGAUCGAGGCUGAUGCUUCUAUGACGCGAGACGAUCUUUACGUUACUGGAGAUGCUUCCACUCUCAACCUGACUCUCUUCGAGCAAACCUACAAUUCCGUAGACGGCGACACGUUCGGUUUUGACGAGAUUGCUGAGCAGGCUGGCGUGCGCUUCGAGCAGAGCAAAGCCACAAACCCGUACUUUUACUACGGUCCAUUGACCGGUAUGGUUGUUAGGAAUGCAGGACUUAUGUUCGCCGCGCGUCUGCUUAGCAAUCACUCUGCAGAAUAUCCGCAAGGACAAAUGACCAAAGAGGUUUUCAAGUCAUUCUGGGGAGUUUACGAUGAUGCGUCCGCUGAGCAGGGUCUGGUCUACAAACGUGGCUGGGAGCGCAUUCCGAACAACUGGUACAGAAUCCCAGUCGAUUACGGGCUUGUCAGCUUAAACCUGGAUCUUCUACUACUCUUUUCGAAGAAGCCUGAGCUAUUGUCCAUCGGUGGCAACACAGGUACGGUUAACUCAUUCGCGGGAGUUGACAUGUCAGAUUUGUUAGGCGGUGUUAUCAACACAACAACCUUACUCGAGGGCAACAACUUGAUAUGUUUCGUCUUGGAGAUUGUCAAGACAGUAGCGCCAAAUAGUCUGAGCAGUUUGUUCCAAACUCUUGACAAGCCCUUGCAGUUCCUAUCGAAUGCGUUGGUUGGGCCGCUUAUCGACCUCUCCUGUCCGGUAUUUGGCGAUCUCGAAGCCGGCGGCACAGAUUUGCUGGCACCGUUGACAGCGCAGUUCCCCGGUGCAUCGCGAGCUAACAGCGCGCUCUGA